ACUAUACUUUUGUGUAUAAUAUCUUCGUAUUUUUUUCCUUUCGUUGAGCAUUUUGAAUGAGCGUGUCCCAGAACGGAACGAGAACGGUAAAACGAUUUCUCUGAUUCUGGUGGUUAUUUUUCACCCUAGUUAUGUGAACCCGGGAAACAACCCCAGGGGUUAAUCAUAUUGUCGCGCGGUGGCGGCGAUUCAGAACGCGUUUAAAAGUGAUACGUUGAUGACGAUCAGUGACUCGUAGACGUCGGGUAAAUACUCGUGAAAAUUCUUCUGAGAUAUCUAGUUCUAGAAGGAAUUAAAGGACAAUCUGUAUUAGGAUUUUUCUGAAAAAUGGCGAGAUAAGUGGUUUAUCAACUAAAAAAAAUUGUGCUAUGAUUUGCUGUUAAGACAAGAUUGUGAUUGAAAUAAAUGAAUUAAGAAAAAGGACAUAGAGUGAUUAAGAAAAAAUUGAACCAUAUGCUUGAGUGUUACACAGAAUAAAUACAUAAUUACCAAGUUUCUGUAACCUGCUGUAUUUACUAAUCGUCAGUUGUGUCAGGAGUGUGUAACAAACUUGUUUCCACUUAAUCAAAAAAUAAGUAAAAGUAUUUAAAGAAUGUCAUCUACAAGCGAUUUAGCUAAAUAAUUAUUUCUUGCUGAAUAAUUUAAUUGGAAAAAGGACACGCACAUAAUGUCAUCUCCCGAAGUAGAUGUGGAUAUAAGUGUUGUAUCGAGCCCUGAGCCGAGUCCUCGGGGUCACGAUAAUCAAAGCCCAAUUCGUUCAGAACCGCUCCCGUCGGCACUUUCCUCACCAUCAGUGGUUACUUCCGCCUACAGUAGCAUACCUAGUCAAUCCAUAGUCAAUCAACAUCAUCAUCUAAGUCAUCACUUAAGUCAUCAUCCUGUGUUACAACAUCACCCGGCUCUGAAUAGUCUAAACCUCACAAAUAGUUUUAAUCAUAGCAUCGAAUCGAGAUUAAGUCCGCCAAAAUCGCCAGCAACUGAACAGAGCAACAGUGGAAGCAGCAAUGGAAGUGGCAAUAACAAUAAUAAUAAUAACAGCAGUAGUAGUAACAAUAAUAGUGCGAAAACCUCAACCACAGCAUCCAAUGGCUACACCAGUUUUUCGAUAUCGAGUAUACUGAGCCGGGCGGAACCGUGCAAAAAGAAUAUGUCAACGUCUGCAGCAUCGGCGUUAGUGACGCCAUUACCACAAUUACCACAACCCGGCGCUGGCGGUGCGACGCAGGACGCAGCUAUGUUGUCCAGAUUGGGCUUUAUAUCACAGUGGGGAGCGUUGGCUGGCCGAUAUGCUGCCUUAUGUCCGCCCGGUUGGCCGUGGGCGCCACAACGAAUGCCUUUCCAUAGUCCAACGCAUGAUAGUUCAUCGACCAACACUACAGAAAAUCUUUCCCCGUCACUAAGUCCUCCAGCGUCACAUACAAAAUCACCAUCACCUCAUCCUGCUUUCGUGCAAAGUUCCAACGAAUCAGAUGACGAGAGCCAAGAAAUCAUUGAAGAAGACGAAGGAUGUGGAACGGAUGGUCCUUCAGACGGUUCAUCGCCACAUGGGGGUGAUAAUUCACAACAAACAAAACGAAAAAAGAAGACCCGAACAGUAUUUUCCCGAGCACAAGUGUUUCAAUUAGAAUCCACGUUUGAUAUGAAACGAUAUCUAAGUUCAUCGGAACGUGCUGGCCUGGCUGCGUCCUUACGCUUAACCGAAACUCAGGUGAAGAUUUGGUUUCAGAAUCGUCGCAACAAAUGGAAAAGACAAUUGGCUGCUGAACUGGAAGCGGCCAAUAUGGCUAAUAUGGCGCAUGCGGCACAACGGCUUGUUCGUGUCCCGGUUCUGUACCAUGAGGGAGCGACAACGGGAUUCGUACCACCCCCACCACCACAUCCGCACAGUACGCCACUCUACUAUCAGAGGGCUGGAAGCCCCCCGAGACCGGCACUUUCGUCCUUGGUAUAGGACAAUGUCAAUAAAUCGAGUGCAACUUUUCGGAAGGACUAUUCCAGCACUUAGCACAUGUGCUACAUUUUCAAACGCAGACAAAUUUAGAGCAAAAAUAUUCGAACAUGUAUCAUAUUAUUGUAUUGUAAAUAACUCAUGGGUGUAGUAGCAAGUUUAAGAAUAGUCGCAUUGUACUUCUGGUCGAGUAUGAAUGAAUUUCGUCCCAACUGCAGAGCUUGUUUAGUUUGCGAAGAAGGGCAGAAGCGCUUCUCCCAUCUAUGCAUUUUGAAUUGGCACGCAAUGAUGUUCUCUGUCGGCCAUUUUGGUUUCGGCAAGCGUCGAUGUAUAUAUAUUCGAAUAUUAUCAGGGGAAAGUCAAAUCAAGGCUUUCACACUUUGUGAAUCCUCUUCCUUCCGUCUACUAGCUUUUUCUAUUCUCGCUUCUCAGAUUUUAUCUUAAAUUAUUGUUCAUAUAAAGUGGCUGGAUCCAUAUAGGCUUUACGAGGUUUCUCAACAGAUUAACAUAGGUUGAUUUCGUUCCAAAUUGUUCAGUGAUAAAAGUGUACAUUUUAAAAUCAGAAUAGUUUAAAUUGGCAAAAAUGUUACCUAAAAUCAUCAUGUAUAUAGUAUAUAAAAAUAAGAAGCGUAUGAAUGUUCUUAAGAUAUCGUAGUAUUAUCUGAUAAACUAAUUAAAAAAACUCACAAAAAAUUUACUUUCUGUGUAAAUUAAUUAAAGUGCAAAUUUAUAAUAGAAUGAAUAAUAUGGAUAAACAUGUAAAUGUGUUAAGAGUAAUUUUAAACUUAAAAUUUAAGAAAAAUCUGUAAACUUGUUCGUAGAUAAUUUAUUUAUUACGAAAAAUAAACGCCAAAAAGUGUGAAAUAAAUAAAGUAUAAAUCAAAAAUAUAUAUAAAAAAAAUCAAGAAUAUAUUCAGAUAAAAUCGGCAGCAAAAAAUUAACAAAAGACAGACAUAAAUGCAAUUGUAUGGAAAUAUGAACAAAAUAUUUUGAAAAAUUGAAUUGGAUAAAAUAAAAAUGCUUUAAUUAUUGUUU